AUGGAUAGGACGAAGCAGAAUAGGAUGGGAAUGAAUGGGACAAGGCGGAACGAAACGACAAGAAACAAGAAACAAGACGAGGUAGAAUGGAAAGAAAAUGAAUGGGACGAAGAAAAACGGGAUGUGAAUGAAUGGGACGGGGCGGAACGAGACGAGAAGAAACAAGUUGAGAUGCGCAGCUUGAGCAACUUCCUCAAGCACUCUGUUUCCUUUUGCUCAAGGCUCUGUUCCGUCUUGCUUGUUUUGCCAUCCGAUUACUCCGAUCUCCUUCUGGUCCAUCUCCGAUCAUCACCUCCGGUCUGCUCCUUCGCCAUAAGCUCCGAAUACCUGAUAAAUGCACCCCAAAUGCAAUGGAAAUGCAAAAUGCUAUCCUAA